GAAUAUACAGCCUCGUCAGCCAUGUUCGAGGCGCUGUGGGCCGCCGGCGUACGGUAUUGCUUCGUGAAUCUAGGAUCUGAUCAUCCCAGCAUCAUGGAAGCAAUGGUUAAAGGGCAGCGCGAGAGACCGGACAGCUUCCCUGAAUUUAUCACUUGCCCAAGUGAAAUGGUGGCACUGUCGAUGGCAGAUGGCUACGCUCGUGUCACGGGAGAACCUCAAGCUGUCAUUGUACACGUCGACGUUGGGACCCAAGCACUCGGGUGUUCCGUGCAUAAUGCUAGCGUUGGCCGCGCGCCUGUGUUCAUCUUUGCCGGUCUAUCGCCAUGCACCCUGGAAGGUGAAUAUCGCGGUAGCAGAACCGAGUUUAUCCACUGGCUACAAGACGUCCCAGACCAGAAAGCAAUUAUAUCACAGUACUGCCGCUAUACCGCCGAGCUGAAGAAAGGCAAGAACAUCAAACAGAUGGUGAACCGAGCCUUAAGCUUUGCAACUAGCGAGCCACAAGGUCCAGUCUAUCUACAAGGGGUGCGGGAGGUUAUGGAAGAGGUCAUCGAGCCGUACGAGGUCCAACAGGAGUUUUGGAGUCCCGUGGAGCUUGGCGGGUUGACACCGAAGCAGCUGAAUUUGGUUGCCGAAGCCUUGGUAUCUGCACGGGAGCCGCUCGUCGUCACUGGCUAUAGCGGACGCGAUACCGCCGUGGUACCUUUGCUCGUGGAGUUGGCAAACAUGGUCAAAGGCUUGCGAGUUCUCGACACGAUGGGUUCGGACCUUUGCUUCCCUGCCGAUCACCCUGGCUGGCUGAGUGUAAGGUAUGGAUCGGACGAGGCAAUCCGCACGGCUGAUGUGAUUCUUGUAAUCGAUUGCGAUGUGCCUUGGGUCAACACGCAGUGCAAACCCGCCGAUGGCACCAAAAUUAUCCAUUUCGAUGUCGACCCUUUGAAAGGCCAGAUUCCGCUCUUCUAUAUCGACGCGAUCCUACGUUGCCGCGUCAAUACCGCGUUUGCCCUUGGCCAAAUCGUCCAAAAUUUGAAGACCGAGCUUUCGGAUCAAAUCAGCGCAAACCGCAAGCAUUACAUGAGCCGAGGUUUAGCCCUCCAGGAAUCCCAUGAGCGGAAGCUAGACGCGAUAGCUUCCCAGGCCCAGCCGAAUACCGACGGCUCAUUGGGAUGCGGCUUUCUCAUCUUACAGCUCCGGAAGGCAUGUCCGAUCGACACUAUCUGGGUGGUCGAAGCCGUGACCAACACCUUUACCGUGGCCGAUCAGUUACAGGCAACGUUGCCGGGAAGCGUGUUCAGCUCGGGCGCUGGUGGCCUUGGCUGGUCGGGUGGCGCAGCUCUUGGUAUAAAAAUGGCUACGCACUCCCGCAAUGGAGGGAACGGCAAGUUUGUGUGCCAGAUCAUCGGUGAUGGUUGUUUUCUCUUCUCGAUGCCUGCCAGUGUAUAUUGGAUUGCGCAGAGGUACAAGAUUCCAGUGCUGACUAUAGUCCUCAAUAACAAUGGUUGGAACGCGCCUCGAAAGUCCAUGCUUCUUGUUCACCCCGAUGGAUUGGGGUCCCAAGUAAGCAACUCAGAGCUCAACAUAUCAUUCGAGCCAAACCCGGAUUACUCGACUAUUGCACAAGGUGCAUCAGGAGGAAAAUGCUGGGCGGGACGAGUCAGUACCUUGGAGGAGCUAGCAGCAAGGUUGCCCGAAGCCAUAGACGCUGUACACAGUGGCCGUUCUGCUUUGUUAGAUGCGCGAAUAAAGUAA